GAGAGAGAAGAUUAAGCAAGAUCGAAUCUGUCCGGCCUCAUAUGCAGCAAAAAAGGUUUAAUACUGUAGAUGGGAUGAACAUGGCAUGAGUAUCUAGCAUAUGUCGAUGCAUUGCUUUUGACGCAUGUUGGGCUCUGCAAUACUUGGCUUUUCCGUCCAGCUUUAGCUCGUUUUCACGCCCAGAAGCCGCUGCUUCACUACACUUCACUGGCCAGCGUCUUCUCUUUUGGCAGCCCAGCACGCUUCAGCAAAAUGGCCCUGGCUGGUAGGCUGCUCGUCCUCCUCGCCGUCGCGCUUCUUGCCGUCUCCAUCAUCGCCGAACACAAGGUGUUUGCGUCAGGGACUGAAGAGCAUGAGGAUAAUGUGUACCGAGUGAGCAAGGGAGGACAGGGCACUCUCAAGAUAUACCAGUGCAAGCCGGCGUGCGAGUACCGGUGCAGCGACACCAAGUACAGGAAGCCGUGCCUCUUCUUCUGCAACAAGUGCUGCAACACCUGCCUGUGCGUGCCGUCGGGCUUCUACGGCCACAAGGACGAGUGCGCCUGCUACAACGACUGGAAGACCAAGGAGGGACACCCCAAGUGCCCCUAGUUGCAGGAUUCUGCCUCGCCGUUGAAGCCAUUGCUCGAUCAGCCAGGCCGGAGCCGGGCGGUUACAUGUAGCAGGUUUGCCGCUUCCGGCGACGCCGGUGUAAGAACUCGAUCGAGAUCUGGGUUGUUGUAGUAUGUCGCAUGCGUCCGCCUCUUCUCUGGCGGCGCACGCGGUUGUAUCGUGGGUUCAAACACAGUUUGUUGCACGUUGGAGGCACGCCGACGCAGUUGUUGUAGCACUACAAUACACGUAGUAAAUCGUGUAAUCCUAAGAGAGUGGGGCGCCGGUCGUGUUGGUUGUUCUGCACUCUGCA